AUGGAGGCCUUUGAGGAGGCCGCCUUUGAGGACCUUCUUGCUGAGGCAGAGCAGUUCGCAGGAGAUUCCGCCUCUCUAGAUGCUCCUUCUACAUGGAAGAAUUCCCCUGCCCCGAAUCGCGGGGGGCCCCAGGAAGACACAAGCCCAAUCGACUUGGGGGCCCCUGCGAAAGCCUGGGAUCAAGAUAGCUUGUUGGACGCGUCUCAAGGAGGCCCCCUCUCCCUGGAGGAGCAGCUACGAGCGCUGCAAUCUCAGCGAUUCUCCCAGGGGCAGCCGGAGGAAGCCUCCGAGGAUCAGGCCUUAGAGUUACUUGAGGGUGAGACCGGUGUGCAGUGGGGCACCGGUAAGAGAAGGCACAGCUCAGCCAAGCGAGUAGACGCACUGAGUGCUCCCGACUGUGCUGCAGGGAGUAGUCCUCUUACAUCGGCCUCCAUACGCAAGCGGAGAAGGCAGCAACAGCAACAAGAGCAGCAGCAACAGCAGCAGGAAGCUGCAGUGGCAGAUGACAUCAAUCCUACUGACGAUGAAAGAGAGCUGGCAGCCGCUGCCGCCGCUCUGCGUCCCCCCGAGGAAUUCUUCGAUAUCAGUCAUCUGCCAUCGCUUUCCCUGUUAGGCGAAGGCAGCAGCGGCAGCAGCAAAGGAAAACCUUGUGAGACGGGAGACGAAGCAGCGAGGAAAGCCGCUGCACUUCCACAGCAGACGAACAAUGGGAAAGGCGGUCCUUGCACAGCCUAUAUGCGGCGUUGCUUGUACGGCUCGAACGUGAUGCGCAAGUUCCCCGCUGCGCUGCUCGCCAAGGCAGCUGCAAAAGCAGCAGAAGCAGGUGAGCAGCAGCAACAGCAGGCCUCUGCUUCCAGUGCAGUAGCAUGUGGUGCUGUAAGGGUGCUGCCUCCACACUCGGCUGGGGGCGGCAGUGUGGGGCCCCCGGUGUACAUUCAGCUCUUGUCUAGGAGGGAGCAGCAGCAGCAGCUGGCUGCUGCUGCUGCUGCAGCAAGGAGUAGUGCCAGCGACAAGGCUCGGAGGCCUAUGGAGGAGCUCCUGAGGGAAAUCAUGGAGAGUCAGGCCGCAAGGCGGGAGGAACGUGAGCUGCAGCAGCAGCAAAAAGAGCAGCAACAGCAGAUUCAAGAGCAGCAGCAGCAGAAACGGCAUCAACAGCACCAACAGCAACAGCGCAAGGCUGCGCGGCAGUGGGUUGACCUCUAUAGACCAAAAACGCCUCUCGACUUGCUGAGCGGAGAUUCGGAAAAUCGCGCUGUUUUCCGGUGGCUACUCACCUGGCGUGAGCGCAUCCUGGGUGCUGGACGGAAGGUAGCGUCGAGACAGAACGAGAAGGAAACGCCGCAAGGUCUUCUUUCUGAAGAACCCCAGCAGAAGGUAGGUUUUUUGAUGAUCAGGUUUGCUGGGAAGUGGAGCGGUGCAUGCCCAGAGGCAGACAGCUCUGAAGGGGGAGAGGAGACAGGGAGAGGGGAUGGGGGUACUUUGCAGGAAACAAGUUUAGAGCAUGAGCGCAGCGCUAGGUUGGCAGCAUGCUUCGACGAAGUGAAGCACGGGGGAAGCGCGUUGGCAGCCAGACACGUCAUGCGUGAGAGAAGCAGGAAAGAAGGCGCCUCUCCAGGUGCCUCUGCAAGUGCUCUGCAGGUGCUGCUCUUGGGGGGCCCCCCUGGCGUGGGAAAGACGACCCUGAUAGAAGUCGCUGCACGGCAUUUCGGCUUUGAGCUGUUCGAAGUGAAUGGUUCGGAGGCGCGCAGUGCCUCGACCCUCCUGCCGCUCAUCAAGGGUGUGGCCUCUAGCGGAGACUGCCACUUUAGGCCUAGCGGAACCAGCAGCAGCAGCAGCAGAAAGAAGCCCGUGUUGCUCCUGAUAGACGAGGUGGACGGCCUUGCGCAUCAGGCAGCGGCUCCCGUGGAGGGGGAGGGGACUGCAGGGAACAAGGAGACUGUGGUCCAAGCCCUUGUGCGUCUUAGCCAGCAGCGUGACACCAACGAUAAGCCCCUUCUCAAACGGUGA